GUGUGGCGGCAGCCAAUGAGAGCGCGGCGGGCAGGAAAAGGCGGGAGGAAGAAGCCGGAAGUGUUGGCGGCCGCAGCCAAUAGGAGCGCGGCUGGGCGGCAGGCGGGAAGAAGAAGCCGGAAGUGGGCGCGGCCGCAGCCAAUGGGAGCGCGGCUGGGCGGCAGGCGGGAGGAAGAAGCCGGAAGUGGGCGCGGCCGCAGCCAAUGGGAGCGCGGGCUGGGCGGCAGGCGGGAGGAAGAAGCCGGAAGUGGGCGGGGCCGCGCUGUCAUGGCGGCGCCCGAGGAGGAGGCGGCGGCGGACGGCGGAUCGGGGGAGGGGGGCGAUGAGGAGGCGCUGAAACGGCUCGAGGCCCUGGUCUCCGACCUCUACCACUUCCGGGACUCUCUCCCCGCCCCCGACCCCGCCCCCGAGCAUGACCCCGCCCCCGAGCGUGGCCCCGCCCCCGACCCCGCCCUGCUGGCGGAGCUGGAGCGCACGCUGCAGCGAAUGGAGCAGAUCCACGUGUCCCCCGAGGGGCGUGGCCGCGCCCUGGUGCUGCGGGCGCGCGCGCUGGGCGUGGCCCCCGAGGUGGGCGGGGCCCGGGCGGAGCAGGCGCUGGGCCACGCCCUGAAGCUGGACCCCGCCCUGGGCGUGGCCUGGCGCCAGCUGGGCGAGCAAAGAUGGCGGCGGGGCGACCUGCGGGGGGCGCAGGAGGCCUUCGGGGGGGCCCUGCGGCAGGGGGAGGACCCCGAGGCGCGCCGCCUGCUCUCCAUGGCCCUGCGCGCCCAGGGGGCGGAGCCCGCCCGCGCAGGGGGCGGGGCCCGGCCCGCGGGGGGAGGGGCCCGCCGCCGGGGGGGCGGGGCCGGGCCCGGGGGGCGGGCCUUGCGCGAGAGCCUGGCGCAGGCGGAGGCGGCCGUGAGGUGUGACCCGCGGGACGGCCAGUCCUGGUACGUGCUGGGGAACGCCCACGUGUCGCUGUUCUUCGCGGGCGGCAGAGCCCCGGGCGCCCGGCGCGCGCUCGCGGCCUACGCGCAGGCGGAGCGCGUGGACCCCGCGGCCGCGCGGAACCCGGACCUGCACCUGAACCGGGGCCGCGCCAAUGAGCUGCUGCAGUUCCUGGAGCGCUUCCAGGGGGCGCUGGAGGGGCUGAGCCGGGCGGCCGAGCUGGCCCCGGGCUGGGCGGAGCCUCGCCGGAGACACGCCCACCUGAUGGGCUACCUGGGCCAGGUGUGCCAGCUGCUGGGCACGCGGGUGUGCCAGCUGCUGGGGACGCGGGGGAAGCUGCGCGGGAAGCGGCGCCGCGGAUUGGCCGGGCCGGUGCCCCUCCCCCUGCUGGGGCCGCUGGGGGGGGCGGGGGGGCCGCGCCCCUCCCCCAUCGCCGCGCUGCGCCCCGGGCCCAACCCCCAGCGGGUGGUGCUGGGCCGGGCCCUGUUCAGCCUGACCCCCCCGGGAGGGGUCCCAUACUGGUUUGUACUGGUUUGUACUGGUUUGAACUGGGAUAGAGUGAUUUAUAAUGGUUUUACUGGGAUAUACUGGUUAUACUGGGUUAUACUGGUCUGUACUGGGAUGUACUGGGUUAUACUGGUGCUGGGCCGGGCCCUGUUCAGCCUGACCCCCCCGGGGGCGUGCCCUAGUGAGUCACACUGGUUUGUACUGGUUUGUACUGGGAGAGAUCCGUUAUACUGGUUUGUAAUGGUUAUACUGGGUUAUACUGGUUAUACUGGGUUAUACUGGGUUAUACUGGUGCUGGGCCGGGCCCUGUUCAGCCUGACCCCCCCGGGAGGGGUCCCAUACACGCUGGGGCUGCAGGACGGGGGCGGGGCCGUGGCCGCCGUCACCGUCUAUAACUCCGCCCCCAGCUGGGGCGUGGCCGUGGGGGACGCGGUGGGCGUGGCCGAGCCCGUGCUGAGUCAGCACCUGCACCAGCACCAGGGCCAGACCUUCUCCUUCCUGGGUCUCCGCGUUCCGUCCCCGCUCUCGCUCUGGCCCAUACUGGUUUAUACUGGUCCAUACUGGUUUAUACCGGUCUAUACUGGUUUAUAUCAGUCUGUACCGGUUUAUACUGGUCCAUACUGGUUUGUACUGGUCUCUCUCCCCCAGACCUUCUCCUUCCUGGGUCUCCGCGUUCCGUCCCCGCUCUCGCUCGUGGUCAACGGGAAACGCCCCCCGGGCUCCGCCCUGGCCCCGCCCCGCCUGGCGCUGACCAAUCCCGGCACGGCGCCGCCCGCCCGGGCCACGCCCCCCGCCCAGCCCUGACCACGCCCACCCGGGGGCGGGGCCGGGCUCGGGCCAAUAAAGGAAAAGUUUGGGAAAAAAAA